AAGUACCCCGAGCCUCCCGCAUCAUGACUACGUGCGGCAUUUGAAUGAAUGCACUCCUUACAUUUACAUCUCUGCAAACGCACGUGCGCUGCUCGUGAGCCGGAGCGUCUAAAACAUUAGUCAACAUUUGGCUUUUCUAAUCAUCAUCUAAAACCUCCCGUCUACGUGGUAGGAAUUGAACUAUUGAUGGGACCUUCUUCUACCAGCUGCAUUUUCAAGUGUAUUGAAUUUUUUUUUUUUUUUGACAGAGAGGCAGUGGAUAUCCUAUAAAUAUUACAGUAGCAGGCGCACAGACAGAAUGUAAUAUAACAUAGGUCUCAUUGCCAGCCUCGGGCAGCAUAGACUGCGGCUGGGGAGGCUUUCUACGUGCUAUCUAGUCUCUGCUGCUAGGUGGAGCCCGAGUAUACGGCGAGAGCGGCGAAUCCACAUCCGAGUUUUUCCUCUCACCUUUCGCAGGCGCUCCACAGCCUCGGUCUCCGCACAGAAUUACUCCCAGCCGGUGCGCACAAUUGGUUUGUCACAGUCGCGGACGGCUCAGUUUUUGAAGCGCGAGAACUUGGACUCCCUUCAGCGCGCGGAGCCCCUUUUCACCCGACGUUUCUGGACCCUCUCUUUUUCCCCGUGGGUGUUCGUGCGUGAGUGGUGCGGGCUUUCGGCUUUGCGGGACGUGAUGUAGCCCCCGCACAGAAGGACGCCUUGUACUUAAGGGGAUGUAAGGGACGGCAGCGUGGAUACGGCGCUCGCGAGCGGCUCUUUCUCCUGCGCCAGCGCCAAGACUCGGGAUUGUAACACGCGCCGCGGAUGAAACUGACGCGAUCGCUUCGCGAGGAUAACUGAGCGGAGCGACAGCGGGCGUCCCGUUUGGACCCGUCGUUCCGUCUCCUCGACGCAAUCCGCGUCGCGCGCACGGACCUUCCCCGGCGCCCGAGAGACAUUCAGGGGGAGAAAUCGACGCCGCUACUUUGAAUGGAAGGACGCAAAGCGAUCCCUCCGUUUCGCCAGUAACUUCUAAAUCCGCGAGCCGACCAUGGUUUUAUUAUCUGGGAUGUGAAACGCCGGCUUUGUGGAGAGGACCCUCGAGAAUCAAACUCCUUGUCGUUCCAAAGAUUCUGGAGCAGCCUCGCGCCGGUGGAGGCAGCCGUGCCGCGGAGGAACCCCCCACGGAGCGAGCACUGAACCCAAGCGGGACCUUCGGCAGCGGGCGGUAAGAGGAGCAGGAGGCCAUGUGGACCGCACGCCUGCUGGUCCUCGCCAGCCUCUUCGCACCAGCCGCUCUGGCCUUCAGUCGGGCGCCCAUCCCCAUGGCGGUGGUGAGGAGGGAGCUGUCGUGCGAGAGCUACCCCAUCGAGCUCCGCUGCCCGGGCACCGACGUCAUCAUGAUCGAGAGCGCCAACUACGGACGCACCGACGACAAGAUCUGCGACGCAGACCCGGCACAGAUGGAGAACACGAGGUGUUACCUGCCAGAUGCCUACAAGAUCAUGUCUCAGAGAUGCAAUAACAGGACCCAGUGCGCUGUUGUGGCCGGACCAGAUGUAUUUCCCGACCCAUGCCCCGGAACCUACAAAUACCUGGAAGUCCAAUAUGAAUGCGUGCCCUACAAAGUGGAGCAAAAAGGCUCCUCAGUAUUCCUGUGUCCAGGGCUUCUGCGCAGGGUCUUCCAGAGCGAGCACCUCUUCGAAUCGGACCACCAGUCUGGAGCCUGGUGCAAAGACCCUCUCCAGGCCUCCGAUAAGAUCUACUACAUGCCCUGGACACCGUACCGCACAGACACGUUGACCGAGUACUCCUCCAAAGAAGACUUCAUCGCCGGGAGGCCCACCACCACCUACAAACUCCCGCAUCGAGUGGACGGGACGGGCUUCGUGGUCUACGACGGCGCACUCUUCUUCAACAAGGAGCGCACGCGCAACAUCGUCAAGUUCGACCUGCGGACUCGCAUCAAAAGCGGCGAGGCCAUCAUCGCCAACGCCAACUACCACGACACGUCCCCGUACCGCUGGGGAGGGAAGUCGGACAUCGACCUGGCGGUGGACGAGAACGGCCUCUGGGUGAUUUAUGCCACGGAGCAGAACAACGGGCGCAUCGUCAUCAGCCAGCUCAACCCCUACACGCUGCGCGUGGAGGGGACCUGGGACACGGCGUACGACAAGCGCUCGGCGUCCAACGCCUUCAUGAUCUGCGGAAUCCUCUACGUGGUAAAGUCGGUGUAUGAGGACGAUGACAAUGAAGCUACGGGGAACAAGAUCGACUACAUCUACAACACGGAGCUGAGCAAAGAUGGCUUCCUGGACAUCCCCUUCCCCAACUCCUACCAGUACAUCGCUGCUGUGGAUUACAAUCCUAGAGACAACCUGCUGUAUGUUUGGAACAACUACCACGUGGUGAAGUACUCUCUGGACUUUGGCGCCCUGGACAACAGACUCGAAACGUCUUCCUCUGUGAUUGUGCACAUGGACACGACCACCACGACCACACGGGCCACCACGCGGCCCGCCACCGUUACCGUGACGACCACAACGGCCAGGGCCACCACUACCGGCAGGCCGGCCACGACCACCGCCCUGGUGCCGUGGCCACGGACCACGUCCACCGCCGUGGCUUUGGUCCAGACUCUGGCGGAGGGCUUGGUACCGGACGAAGAGGAGGAAGACGAGGACGGGGUCCCGCCUUCGUCCAAACUUCCCAACGUCAGGGUGGAAUACUGCAGCCCCCUGGUGAUGAUGGACAUAUCCUGGCCCAGGACCAAGCAGGGUAUGGUGGCUAGGAUGCCCUGUCCCCCCGGGACUAUAGGUGUAGCCUUUUACAUGUGUGAGGGACCAGAGGGAUACUGGGACCCUCAGGGACCGGACUUUAGCAACUGUACCUCCCCAUGGGUCAACCUCAUCAAUCAGAAGCUAAAAUCCAAAGAGACAGCUGCAGUAAUUGCCAGGGAGCUGGCGGAGCAGACCAAAAGUAACCUGCAGGCGGGAGACAUCACCUACACGGUGAAGGCCAUGGUUCAGCUGGUGGACCUCCUCGACGUGCAGCUGAGGAACCUCACGCCAGGCGGCAAAGACAGCGCGGCUCGGAGCCUCAACAAGCUGCAGAAGCGGGAGCGUUCCUGCCGGUUUUAUGUCCAGGCCAUGGUGGAGACGGUCAACAACCUGCUGCAGCCGCAGGCCCAGGCGGCGUGGGGGGAGCUGAGCAGCGGCGAGCAGCUCCGGGCCGCCACCAUGCUGCUGGACACGGUGGAGCAGGGAGCCUUCGUCCUGGCCGACAACCUGCUGAAGACGGACAUCGUGCAGGAGAACACCGACAACAUCCAGCUGGAGGUGGCUCGAAUGAGCACAGAUGGAAAUUUGCCCGAUCUGAAGUUCCCCCAAAGCGGAGGCAAAGGCAACUCGAUCCACCUCUCCGCCAACACGCUGAAGCAGCACGGGAGGAACGGUGAGAUCCGCAUCGCUUUCGUCCUGUACAAGCACAUCGGCGUCUACCUCUCCACGGAGAACGCCAGCAUGAAGCUGGGCAGCGACGCCGCGGCCGCCAACUACUCCGUCAUCGUCAACUCGCCCGUUGUCACGGCCGCCAUCAGCAAGGACUCCAACAAGGUGUACCUCUCGGACCCGGUCAUCUUCACCGUCCGACACCUGCAGCAGUCUGAGGAGAACUUCAACCCCAACUGCUCGUUCUGGAGCUACUCCAAGAAAACCAUGACGGGCUACUGGUCGACGCAGGACUGCCGCUUGCUGGGCACCAACCGGACGCACACCACCUGCUCCUGCACCCACCUGACCAAUUUCGCCGUCCUCAUGGCCCACGUGGAUGUCAAGAACACGGCCCCCAUCCACGACAUGCUGCUGGACGUCAUCACGUGGGUCGGCAUCCUCCUGUCGCUGGUGUGCCUGCUCAUCAGCCUCUUCACCUUCUGUUUCUUCCGCGGCCUCCAGAGCGACCGCAACACCAUCCACAAGAACCUGUGCAUCAGCCUGUUCAUCGCCGAGUCCCUGUUCCUGGUGGGGAUCAAUCGCGGCGACCAGCCGAUUGCUUGUGCCGUCUUCGCCGCCCUGCUCCAUUUCUUCUUCCUGGCGGCGUUCACAUGGAUGUUCCUGGAGGGCGUGCAGCUCUACAUCAUGCUGGUGGAGGUGUUCGAGAGCGAGCACUCGCGCCGGCGCUACUUCUACCUGGUGGGCUACGGAGUUCCUGCGCUCAUCGUGGCCGUUUCGGCCGCGGUGGACUACCGCAGCUACGGCACCGACCGAAUUUGCUGGCUUCGCCUGGACACCUAUUUCAUUUGGAGUUUCAUAGGACCAGCAACCUUGAUAAUUAUGCUCAACGUGAUCUUCCUGGGCAUCGCGCUCUACAAGAUGUUCCAUCACACCGCCAUCUUGAAGCCAGACUCCGGUUGCCUGGACAACAUCAAGUCGUGGGUGAUUGGGGCCAUUGCUUUGUUAUGUCUGCUGGGCCUGACCUGGGCCUUUGGCCUGAUGUACGUCAACGAGAGCACGGUGGUCAUGGCCUACCUGUUCACCAUCUUCAACUCCCUCCAGGGAAUGUUCAUCUUCAUCUUCCACUGUGUCCUGCAGAAAAAGGUGCGUAAGGAGUACGGGAAGUGCCUGCGAACUCACUGCUGCAGUGGGAAGAGCGUGGACAGCUCCAUCGGGUCGGGGAAGGGCACCGCCUCCCGGGCUCCGGGACGCUACUCUACAGGGUCACAGAGUCGCAUCCGCAGAAUGUGGAACGACACGGUCAGGAAACAGUCCGAGUCGUCAUUCAUGACCGGUGACAUCAACAGCUCUGCGUCACUCAACAGAGGGGCUAUGGCUAACCAUCUUAUACCUAAUGCACUCCUACGUCCUCAUGGCACUAACAAUCCCUAUAAUACAUUGCUUGGGGAAUCGGCCGUCUAUAACAACCCUCUGGGCAUGUACAACACACAAGAGCCCUACAGAGAGACAAAGGGAAUCCUGAACAAUGCCCGGGAUACAAGUGUCAUGGAUACUCUACCACUGAAUGGUAACCAUGGCAACAGCUACAGCAUCGCCAGCGCCGAGUACAUGAGUGACUGUGUCCAGAUCAUUGAUCGGGGCUACAACCACAAGGAGACCACCCUGGAAAAGAAGAUCCUGAAAGAGCUCACCUCCAAUUAUAUCCCCUCCUACCUCAACAAUUCCCACGAGCGCUCAUCCGAGCAAAACCGGAAUCUCAUGAAUAAGCUGGUCAAUAAUGUUAGCAACGGUGGCAAGGACAGCGGAUAUGGGAUGGGCUUGGGAGUGGGGCUGGGCAUGAAUGUUGCACUGAGCCUGGACGACCACUCCACCUUUGGUCCGCACCACGACGAAGGCCUGGGCCUGGAGUUGAUCCGCGAGGAGUCCAACGCGCCGCUCCUGCCUCAAAGGCCGAACCCGGCCCUGCAGACGGUGGAUAACCUUCACAAUCACCUCCAACCUGUGCCACCACCCCUUCCACUGCCCCACCACAAUUUCUCCACCACCACCACCACAUCCUCCUCGUCCCGAAGGAGGAUCCCCCAGGAGAACAGUGAAAGUUUCUUUCCCUUGCUCAGUAACGAGCACACCGAGGACGAGGGCUCGUCUCCCACCCGCAACCACCAGAGAGACUCCCUUUACACCAGCAUGCCCAUGCUGCCUGGCCUGCCCGAUGUGUCUGCAGAACCCGCCGAAGGCUCCAAGGACGGCGGCGGCGGCGAUGCCAAGAGCCCUGAGGCCAGUUCGGACGACGUUUACUACAAGAGCAUGCCCAACCUGGGCUCGCAUAACCACCUCCAUCAGCUGCACUCGUACUACCAGCUGGGGCGGGGCAGCAGCGACGGCUUCAUCGUGCCGCCCAACAAAGAGGAUCUAUCCCCAGAAGAGGCCCAACAGGAGCCCUCGCACCUGGUCACCAGCCUAUAGGCCCAACGCCAUCCCACCUGUGUCCUCCUUAUUACCGUAGUCCUCCUCCCAGUGUCGCCUUGUUCCAUCAGUCGUUGGCAGUGGUAGCCUUUCUUUUUAAUUCUGUGUCCCGAAAACUGAGGCAAAGUAAACAACUCUACUGUUACUGACCACGAACAGGAUAAUUGCAACGUACGGGGGCUGAAAUGUGACUGUAUUUGCUCAGACAUUGCGGGAAAUUGUUGAUGUUGUGUUUCCCUCCCUCGAGCCCUGCGUGGUUUGGCGUGUUUUGUCUCCGUGUGAAAAGAGGCAGUAACUCGCACAGGAUUUUUAGGUCGUACAGGCCUAAUGUGACAGUCAAACGAACUGCGUAGCCCCAAACUCUCGGAGUCGAAACCACAGACUUCACCGGAUUAAUAGGGGAAUUUAAAAAAAGGACUAUUUUAUUAUACUUCUGUAUCUAUAUUGACUUUUUGAAAGAUUUUCUUCCUCUUUGGUGAGUUGCAGCACAUUUUGUUUGCUGAAGUGUUCCUUCGAUGGGGAAAAGACGACCACACACACACAGACACAGUGAAACACACACACAAACACAUUUCGAACAAUUACCAUGAAGGAAUUAUUGACCGUAUGCUUUGGAGCAUAGCUGUCCUUUUUUUCUUUCAUUUUAAUGUAAUAACAGUUGUUAAGAGGGAGAAAAAACUAAUAAGAUAAUUAUGAGAAAUUUCUAUGUAAUUGUACAGACAACUAGCAUUACACAUAAUAGUAUGCUUUUUUUUCAUUUGUUUGUUUGUUUGUUUGUUUGUUUUUGUUCCAAGAAAGUCGCUUGUCUCUGUAAAUGUAGUGGUUAGGAUCAAUUCUGUUCUGUUGUGCUGGACUUUCUGGGUUUCUGGUACCAGUCUGCUUUUAUUUAUUUUCCUCUUAUCACUUUAAAGGAAACAACCAUCUAAAUAAAAACAUGACGACACAAAAAAUAAAGCAAAACACUUAUCGCGCAGGCAUUUUCGUGCAACGUAUUCGCCUUUGUUUUCUCUCUUGAGUUUGAGUCUUCUUUAGAUUCCUUUUUUACAGUGUAGAUAGCGGAGCGUUGACACACAGAUCGCCAAGGAGACGCUCAGUCCCAGUUAAUCAUGAGGUGUCCGUCAGAAAGGUUCAUAGAGCAUUCUCCACGUCUAUUGGCAUUCAGGAAACGCUUGCGCUUUUCAGAAAGAGUGAUUUGAACAUUGAUGAGCAUGAGGCACGCGUAGGAAAAAAAUAAAAGUAGAAGGAGAUUAUUAGAGUGAGGAGCCUUUAAAGUGAGAAUAACUGGAAGCGCUUGGAGGAGAAAAUCUAUUUAUUUGUUUAAAUAAACAAUUCCAGAUGGAGGAUGAGAAUAGGUUUAGUGGCAGAGAUAAGUUUUUUAUUAUUGGCUAUAAUUAUGCUACUUAUUUAUUCCUUUUUUGUAUUGGUUUCAAGUUGAAUGACCACUUAACUACUGUUGGUUGUAACAGUGAAAAUUGCUGAUUAAGAUUUAUUACUUAGCUCUGACAAAAGUUCUGGUGUUUGUCUUGGUCUUGGAACAGUUUUUUAUGGACAACAGCAGACGUCCAUCACAUGAUGCAACCGUCGAUAAUGAUACUUGUUCUUCUUUUGGUUAAUAUGCCUCAUUAGCCCUCUGCCCGUUUUAGUGCCAAACGGAUUUUGGCCCGGCAACAGUGGAUGUGCUCUGUAUGCUCUGCUUUACAAUAGAAGCAGUGGUUUCAUAAGCUGUAAUAAAUAUUUCAAUAUCA